UAUCAGAAACAAAAACCCUCGCUCUCUCUCUCUCCAACUCUCUCUCUCUAGCUCUACUCUCUUCUACUCAUCUGUUCCUAGAGAAAAAGGAAAAAAAAAAAAAAACCCUAGACUCGCAGUCUCAUCCAAGCAACAACCAUGGCGACGAACACACCUAAUCUGGAGUGUCGAAUGUACGAAGCGAAGUUCCCAGAUGUGGACAUGGCGGUGAUGAUUCAGGUGAAGAGCAUCGGCGACAUGUGCGCCUACGUUUCGCUGCUGGAGUACAACAACAUCGAGGGUAUGAUCCUCCUCUCCGAGCUCUCUCGCCGUCGGAUUCGCAGCAUCAACAGCCUCAUCAAGGUCGGCCGCAUCGAGCCCGUCAUGGUCCUUCACGUCGACGAAGACAAAGGCUACGUCAAUCUCAGCAAGAGGAGAGUCUCCGAGGAGGACAUUCAGGUCUGUGAGGACAGGUACAAUAAGAGCAAGCUUGUUCACUCCAUCAUGCGACACGUCGCUGAGACUAUGACGAUCGAUCUCGAGGAUCUGUAUAUCCAUGUUGGCUGGCCUCUGUAUCGAAAAUAUGGUCAUGCUUUUGAGGCAUUCAAGUUAAUUGUUAGUGAUCCUGAUUCGAUUAUUAAUACUCUCACCCGUGUAAUUAAAGAAACUGGUCCUGAUGGUGAAGAGGUUACUAGGGUGGUUCCUGCUAUGUCAGAGGAUGUUAAAGAUGCAUUAGUAAAAGACAUUAGGAGAAGAAUGACCCCACAGCCAUUGAAGAUUCGGGCUGAUAUUGAGAUGAAAUGUUUCCAGUUCGAUGGCGUUCUUCACAUUAAGGAAGCCAUGCGAAAGGCUGAAGCUGUUGGCAAUUUGCAGUGCCCGGUGAAAAUUAAACUGGUCGCUCCUCCACUAUAUGUUCUUAAUACUCAAACUCUUGAUAAGGAACAAGGGAUAUUAAUUCUUAACAAGGCAAUUGAAGCUUGCACUGAAGCAAUAGAGGAACACAAGGGGAAACUUGCCGUGAAGGAGGCACCUAGAACAGUGAGCGAACGGGAGGAUAAACUACUUUCUGAACACUUGGCGAAGCUAGGCCGUGAAAAUGAGGAGGUUGGCGGAGAUGAUGGAAGCGAAGAGGAGGAAGAUACGGGGAUGGGAGACAUUGAUGUGGAGAACAAAGGUAUCGGGAUAAUUGAGUAAGAAGAAAUUGAAUGGGUGUGUAAAACCGAAGCAGAAUUGCCCUGUUACUGAGCUGUUAAGCGAAAGAUAGAUAACAUUGAGCAGUUGUUACUUGCGGAUACAGUGUUAAAAAACAUUUUUUUCUAUGUUGAGAAGGCGGCCUCACAACUUAACUAUUCAUUGCAGCCUCUCUCUCUCUAUAUUUCUUACCUAGGUUUUACUAAUUCUUAGAGAAAGGGUAAGCUGUUCACUUUUUAUAUAAGCUGUUCUCAAUUUUCUUA